AUGCUCGUCAGGCUAGCUGCUGCUCUCUUGGCCCUAAGCGGCACUCUGGUCAGCGCCCACGGGUCGCACUCGAAUGACCAACCCCCUUCGUCCGACUGGGCAACACGGCAUAUGCAGGAGGAACAUCACAUCGAUGCCUUCGAUCCCGCUUCCUUCUUCUCCCUCCACGACUACGAUGCCUCGGGAGUCUGGACCCCUGAGGAGGUGCGCAAAACCUAUGGCAUGGACGACGAGUCGAAUGCAGGCGUGUCGGAAGAUAGCAAAUUGCAAGGCAUCCGCGAAGUUUUCAACAUCUUCGAUCCGACCAACACGGGCGUCAUUAGUCGUGAUAACUGGAUGCGUCUCAUCGCGGAGGGAGCUCGACUUCCCGAUCUCGGACUCGGACCGGGCCAUCACGGGGACAUUGAGUACGAGUACGAGAUUCACCACUUCGAAAGGUUCCACGGCGACGAUGCAAAGGAGGAGGACCUCACCCACCCAGAGGAUAUCGAGCACUUCCGGAGACAUGACGAGGAGGAUCUCGCCAUGGAGCGCCUCGAACAACUCGAGAGUAUGCAGAUUGUGGAGGCCAACAUACCGCAGAAGUUCCUGAAACGGAGCUAG